AUGGUGAAGAGUCGAAGAAGAUUACCGGUGAUUCCUUCGACAGACCUCGAUCCUCCCGAAGGACAGCAGGAGCUGGUCGAGGAUCUGGAGACUUUCGUCAGAACAGCAACGGAGAAGAGGAAGAAUCCCUCGGAGCCAGGCCGUGAAGCCCCUUACGGAGUCUUCCCUGGAAUGAAGACUUUGUUGGCCCCAGGAACGAACGCCUUCAGAGCCAGAAUCCAGCGUCCGUUUGAAAAACUAAGUAUGGAGACAGCGAGAGUCUACGGGUAUAACACUUCAUUCAUAAUGAUUGCCACUUACUGCUUUUUGCUACUAGUGCUGUAUUUUUUGUGCUGUGACAUGUACGCUUCAAUCUGUGAGGACUGUGUAACAUUGUUUGGUUCUCAACGGAUUAAUGUUGGCGUACAGGAAAUAAUAUCAUCUUAUAAUAUCACGGAUUCUCGGACUCCUGAAAUCUUUGAGGAACAACCCAGCAGCAUUGAUGCGCCUCGCUUUGCUCUCGCCAUCCCUGGGAUGGCACUGUUGGCGGGCUUGGCGCUCGCUGCUUUCUGUUGUUACCAGAUUAAAGGAACCCGAGUUGACGACCUGGAAGAAAUCGUUUCACUAGAAGACAGCAUGGAAACGGAAGACACUGAAUGUAGUGACGACAGUGAGGAUGAUGCAGAAUUGGACAAUGAUGACGACCUGGACACCGAAAUUGACGACGACGAAGACAGCCUGGAAUUGGAAGAUGAAGAAGAUAUCGACCUGGACAAUGAUGACGAGUUGAGGAACGUUUUAGCUGAGAAAGAGAAGGAGGUCCACCUUCUGAAAGAAUCCCUCGCCUUUAAAACUAAAGAAUUGGAGGAAGGUCAAGACCAGCGUGAAAUAAUAAAGAGACGAGUGAAGGAAGUUGAGGAUGAUAACUCGACUCUCCGAGAAAAGCUGAGGAUCGCUGAAGCGGAGAAUGUAAACAUUCAACAGAUAUUAGGAGAUGAGCUUCAAGCGAUGAAGAACUGGGUGGCCGAACUAGGAAGAGAAAAUGCAAAGAGUAAAGAAGAGUUAGAAGGAAAGGAGCUGAUAAUAAUGUUACUGGAAGAAUCUUUAGAACAGAAGGAAACCAUUCUGCAAGAUUCUCUCCAUCACUGGAAAGACAUUGAAAAGUUGUUGGAAGGAGCAAAGGAAAAAGAGAAUGAGAUGGAGGCUUCUCUAACGACCUUAGAAGCAGAGCUCCAGAAGAGGAACCUUCAAAUCGAAGAUUUCCUCACACAAGAAAAACAGUCAAGGUGUGAACAACAAGAAUUCGAGGAUAAACUAGACCUAGCUCUCCAUUAUGCAAUGGAGCUGCAGACGUUGCUAAAGGAAGCAGAAGAAAGGGAGAGGAAAAUCAAAGAUGAUUUAGAAGAACAGAUGAAUAAAAACCAUCUGUUAGCUAAAGAAAAGGAAGAUGAAGAGACUGAAAUAAGAAGGCAACAUCAGGAGACUCUGAGGCAAAAGGACAAAGAAACAGAGAAGCAGCGUGAAUGCCUGGAGGAACUCCAGGAUAACUUGGAAAGCGCUCUGCGUCAAGAACAGAGCCUGGAACGCUUGCUGGAAUCUAAAGAAGAAGACUUCAUCUGUUUGAAGAAGAAGGAGAGUGAAGCCCAGCUGGAAGUGCAGCGACUUCUCAAGGACUGCGAUAUGCUGAAAGAAAAGAUUCAGCUACAGGAGCAGAAUAGAAUGAGAGAAGAAAAGCAUCUAAGGGAGCAGCUAAGAACACAGGAGGAAGCUUUGAGGGAACAUGACAAAUACAUGUUGAUGAUGUUUCUACAUGGGACUGCUCAGAGGAAUUUCCAGCUAGAACACAUUGCGCUGGAACAUGGAGAUGAUAUGAUUGAAGAAGGGGAGCGAGAGAAGAGCACAAGAGGAACAAUAAGAAGGAAAGACACAGGGAGUGAGGAAGACCCCUGUGAGAAGGCCCGUGAGACAGAAGAGAAACAACGUAAGGAGUACUGGAACGCCCAGCGGGAAAAGAACGAGGAUUACGAGAAACAAUGGGAGGGCCUCAAGCACAUUGUGGAAGAUGUUCUUCACGGAGAUGAAUAAAGAUCUUCAGGAUAUUCAUCUUUCAAUUGAGGAGGAAGGCAAUGGCUGCUGAGUUCCCCCAACUCGUCAGCCAAGGCACUGUCUCAAGGAACGAACAAACUCGCCUGGUGAGAGUCAAAGGAAGAAUUUUCUGG